GGCCCGACCCUGGCUCUCAGCACACCCAGCUGGGCCUGAGACCCUCCUGGAGCCCCACCUCGGGGACAUGUUGCUGUGCUUCACCUUCCUCCCGAGCAGCUCCAUGUGGCCCCUGUGGCUCUGCUGGGCACUCUGGGCGCUGUCCCUGGCCGGCCCCGGGACGGCCCUGACCGAGGGGCAGGUCCUGGGCAGUCUGCUGCAGCAGCUGCACCUCAGCCAGGCGCCCGUCCUGGAUAAGUCCGACGUGGGGGAACUGGCCAUCCCCGCCCACGUGAGGGCCCAGUACGUGGCCCUGCUGCAGCGCAGCCACGGGGACCGCUCCCGUGGGAAGAGGUUCAGCCAGAACUUCCGAGAGGUGGCCAGCAGGUUCCUGGUGUCCGAGGCCGCGCUCCGCAGGCACGAGGGGCUGUCCCCGCGCAGCGCCCAGGCUCGGGUCACCGUCGAGUGGCUGCGCGUCCGCGACGACGGCUCCAACCGCACCUCCCUCAUCGACUCCAGGCUGGUGUCCCUGCACGACAGCGGCUGGAAGGCCUUCGACGUGACUGAGGCCGUGAACUUCUGGCAGCAGCUGAGCCGGCCCCGACAGCCGCUGCUGCUGCAAGUGUCGGUGCAGCGGGAGCAGCUGGGCCCGCGGGCCUCGGGCGCCCACAGGCUGGUCCGCUUCGCCGCGCAGGGGGCACCGGGAGCCGGGCACGGGGAGCCGCAGCUGGAGCUGCACACCCUGGACCUCACCCGCUACGGAGCUCAGGGCAAUUGUGACCCUGAGGCACCAGUGACCGAGGGCACCCGCUGCUGUCGCCAGGAGACGUACAUCGACCUGCAGGGGCUGGAGUGGGCACAGAACUGGGUCCUGGAGCCCCCGGGCUUCCUGGCCUAUGAGUGUGUGGGCAGCUGCCUGCAGCCCCCGGAGCCGCUGACCUUCAAGUGGCCGUUUCUGGGGCCACGGCAGUGCAUCGCCUCAGAGAUGGCCUCGCUGCCCGUGAUCGUCAGCGUCAAGGAGGGAGGCAGGACCAGGGCCCGGGUGGUCAGUCUGCCCGACAUGAGGGUGCAGAAGUGCAGCUGUGCCUCAGACGGGGCGCUCGUGCCAAGGAGGCUCGAGCCGUAGGCGCCCGGUGUAGCCACCGAGGCCUCUGACCAGACACGUGCAUGGAAGGAGGUCUUAAAGUAAUUUUUCUUAUACUUAGCAAGUUAUCCCAUCCCAGUUUAGUGCCCCUAUAUUACCUUUGCCCUGUGUCCUUGUUCAUCACCCAUCCUAAGCACUUACACAAGUAAAUAAUGCAGCUCAGGAUGCUGAGCUUAGUACAAAAUCCUGCUUACUUUUUAGAGACAGAGCUGAGCAAUGGACAGAUUGUCACCUGGGAGUUUCUGUUCUCUAGCAAAUUCUGAACUAAGUAUGAAUAAGACCCUAUGAUGAGAACUGGGGAAAUAAAACUGAUUUACUCUAUUACAUGGUGAAUUAAAACAAAACCAAAACUCCCUGUUGCCCUUAGACAGGGAGUAUGUCUGAAAAAGUACCCCCAUUCCCCAAAAUACUGACCCAUUCUGGACUGUUGUAAACAUACCUAGGUCCCCGUUCCCCUGACAGGUGCUAGGAGGGCAUACGAAGACUUUGAGCUGGGGGCAGCGGACAGAGAAUCAGGACACCUGGUUUCUGGGUCUGAUAGGGCCACACCUGGGACCUUGAGCAAAUGCAGAAGGCUUUGGGUCACUAUUUCCUCUUAACAAGGAGGAGUUGGGUUUCAGCUUUAAGGCUUCACUGGCCUAGGGUAAGACAGCCCUAGCCUUGCCCGCUCCUCUGGAGAUUAAGCAUUGUGUGUGCAUAUUUAGAUUAGUUCCUCCACUGUUUUAGAGAAUUUAUCACCAGUAAGCACAUGUAUUUUGCAUGCAUUUUUAAAUUUAGCCAAAACAACUGAAUGUAGAUAAUCUGAAGAAAUAAAAUAAAAGUGAUGUUUCA